UAUCAGUCGGACUAGCGUCCCAAUACUUUUGUUUGUAUUAUACAGUAUCUUUAUUCAUUCAUUCAUUUAGAUUCCAAAUGUCCUCGGUUAGAUCGGUGCUGUCGCUUUCCAAGCUGCUCCAGCCCUGGACAGGACUAAAGGGCAACACGGUCAACGUGAUAAGACCAGUUAUAUGCACCCGGAGAGAGAAGUCCUCAUACACUCCUCCUCCGGCAAAGUAUGGUGGCCGACACACGGUAACCAUGAUUCCUGGAGAUGGAAUCGGACCUGAACUUCUGAACCAUGUCCGAGAGCUUUUCAGGUUUUGUUGCGUCCCUGUGGAUUUUGAGGUGGUGAAGGUGGACUCGUCUGCUACUUCAGAGGAGGACAUCAGUAAUGCCGUCACAGCUAUUAGACGCAACGGAGUUGCACUGAAGGGUAACUUAGAGACCAAUCACAAACUUCCUCCCUCUCACAAAUCCAGGAACAAAUUAUUACGCACAUCUUUGGAUCUGUAUGCUAAUGUGAUGCACUGUCAGACUCUCCCUGGUGUCCUGACCCGCCACAAGGACAUAGACAUCAUUAUUAUCAGAGAGAAUACAGAGGGAGAGUACAGCAGCUUAGAGCAUGAGAAUGUUCCCGGAGUGGUGGAGUGUCUGAAGAUCAUCACCCGGAUGAACUCGUUGAGGAUCGCUGAGUAUGCCUUCAAACUGGCCAGAGAGAAAGGUCGCCGCAGGGUCACUGCUGUACAUAAAGCCAACAUCAUGAAGCUCGGUGAUGGACUUUUUCUGCAGUGCUGUAAGGAGGUGGCAGCAGGAUAUCCAGACAUUACUUUCGAUAGUAUGAUUGUAGAUAACACUACCAUGCAGCUGGUCUCCAAUCCUCAGCAGUUUGAUGUGAUGGUGAUGCCGAACCUCUACGGUAAUGUCGUGAGCAACGUGUGUGCUGGACUUGUUGGUGGCCCGGGUUUGGUCCCAGGGGCGAACUACGGCAAGGACUAUGCUGUUUUUGAAACUGCAACAAGAAACACUGGGAAAAGCAUUGCUAACAAGAACAUUGCAAACCCCACUGCUACCCUGCUGGCAAGCUGCCUGAUGCUGGAUCAUUUAAGGCUUCAUGAUUAUGCCAGUGUCAUUCGAAAAGCAGUCCUCAAAACACUGUCUGAGACUCAGUUACACACGGUGGAUCUGGGAGGUCAGGGCACAACAUCUGAGGUGGUGCAGGCCAUAAUGCAGGAGAUUCAAAAGACCAAACACCAUACGUCCAAACAUAUAUGAUCAACCUGUAAAUACCUCCCUGGCAGGAAGACAUCUUCAAUCAAUAAAUGACUUAACAGUGGGUAAAGCAUACAUGUUUAUGGUUUUGAAUGAAUAUGAACCAUGUGUGCAUGAUGCUUUACAGCUUUAAACUGUGACAUAAUGUUUAUUUAAAUGAGAAAAUGUGGAAAUAUGCAUUAAAAAUCUUAAUUCACUCA